ACCAGGGAAGCCCUGUGCUCUAUUCUUGACAAUUCUUUCUGAGCUAUUUCAGGACUCUGCCGUGCCUUUCUCUCAGUGAUGAAUGCCUGGGUCCACUUCUUCAUGUGUUACGGGGAGCACAGCAGUGACGUACCUCCUUCUUAGGAGCUAUCACCCCCGGGGCAGAGAUGGGAUUAGGUUGAUGGGACUCUUAUACCAUGGAUGAAUAGGAUUUGAGAUGUUUUUCCACCAGGGUCUGAUGGCUUGCAACAAAAUCAAGUCACUAGGCCUUUUCUGCAUGCAGAGAACCUUCUGGGACAUAAAGGCCUUUGCCUUGAGUAGGAAGCAGGAGAACAGAAGUCGUCCACAGUGUCAGGAUUUCACUGAGAGUUUGCUGGGGCUCAAGAGACCUGAGAGCAUAAUGGUCAGUGGAGAGCCUCAUUCUUCCCUUUCCUUUCUCUGGCAGUGCCCUCCACACACUCAGGAGAGACAGCUACACAGUCUGCAUGACAACUUCUAGAAAGAAGUGGGAGCAGCAAGGGUCUCAACAGGGGGCUAAGACCAAAGGGUGAAGACAUGCAGGCUCCAGUCAAUGAGGGAGAGGAAGGAGGAAAUAGAGAGCUCCCAGCUUUGAUGCUUGUAGGGAUUAUUGAAUUAGGGGCUCAAAGUCUGGCAGGAGGAAGACCAGCAGCAACUGACUGGGCAGACUUCCCAGGACGAUGCAGCCACUCCUGCUCCUGGUGGUCCUUCUCCUGCCUCCCAGGGCUAGGGCAGGGCAGAUCAUCGGAGGCCAAGAGGCCAGGCCCCAUUCCCACCCUUACAUGGCAUAUAUUCAGAUCCAGAGACCAGGGUAUCUGACCACUUGUGGGGGGUUUCUGGUGCGAGAAGACUUUGUGAUGACAGCAGCUCAGUGCUCGGGAAGACAAAUAAGUGUCAUCCUGGGGGCCCACAACAUCAGCAGGUUGGAAGGGAUUCAGCAGCGCAUACCGGUGCUCAGAGCCAUCCCCCACCCCGGGCACAAUCAGCAGAAACAGAAUGACAUCAUGUUACUGCAGCUGAGAAGCAGAGUCAGACGUAAUCAAGCUGUGAGGCCGGUGGCUCUGCCGCAGACCCAGGAGAGGCUGAGUCCUGGGACCCUGUGCACCGUGGCCGGCUGGGGCCGUCUCGGCCUGAACAGGAGAACAGACACGCUCCAAGACGUGCAGCUGACAGUGCAGAGGAAUGGGGAGUGCCGUAGACGCUUCAUGUUCUACACUGGCCGAACACAGAUUUGUGUGGGCGACCCAAGAGAGAGGAAAUCCGCCUUCCAAGGGGACUCCGGUGGCCCCCUUGUGUGUAACAACGUGGCCCAGGGCAUCGUCUCCUACGGAAACAACUUUGGGACUCCUCCAGCAGUCUUCACCAGGAUUUCCAGCUUCCUGCCCUGGAUACGGAGAACGAUGAGACGCUUCAAAGAGUGGGGGCUGGAGUGACACCCCCUGUCACUGACUCCCCUUCUCUGGGGCAGAGCCCAGAUCCAGGGCGGUUCCCAGAGCCUUAACAAACAUCCACAUCUAGAGUGGAAAUAACCGAUUC